GAGGAAUGGCACCGCAGCGCAAGGUAAUCGCCCUGUCGUUUUCUGCGGUGGCCGAAAGCUAGAGUUAGCGGGUGACUGACGGGUGUGCGUUCCGCGCUGACUUAAGCGAAGAAAGUGCGUGUGCUGUGGUGUUAAACAUGGGAAAGCGCUCCGCAGCUGCUGUAAGGCUUUGUGAAAGUUGGACGUUCCUGUCAUAAAAAGUCGUGAGCCAUUGAGAAGAAUCCCGGUGGUUAGAGAUGGGAGGCAAAAAUCUGUGUUUUAAUGCAAUAGUAACUUGAUUUCUUUGGCACCUUUUAUUCCUGUAGUGUAGUUUACUAAAUUUUGCAAAGGAAAUCAAAUUCAGCCCAUACUAAGAAUGGAGUACCAGCUCCUGCUGAGAGGGUCUAGCACGCGCAGCAAGUUCCCCAGCUGGACCUUGUUUCUGGCUGUUUGUGCUGUUGGAAUUGGAGGCACCUUUCAGUAUGGGUAUAAUGUUUCCAUCAUCAAUGCACCUACCCAGCAUAUACACAGGUUCUUAAACGAAACCUGGACUAGUCGUUAUCACAAGGAACUAAAUCCAGAUUUGCUGACUUUUCUUUGGUCUGUCAUUGCUUCUAUAUUUUCACUUGGAGGCAUGUGUGGAGCCCUUAUUGGAGGCAGCAUGGCGAUUCGGCUAGGCAGGAAAGGAGCUCUUUUGAUGAAUAAUAUUAUAGCAAUACUGGCCUCCAUUUUAAUGGGGGUCAGUUUUCCUACAGGAUUGUUUGAGUUACUGAUUGCUGGAAGGUUUUUGAUUGGCAUAAAUUCAGGUAUUGGGAUCUGUGUGCAGCCUCUGUAUAUUGGGGAGGUUGCCCCAAAACAUCUUAGAGGUGGCAUGGCCAUGGGGAGUUCCAUCUUUCUGACUGGGGGAAUUCUGACAGGACAAAUAAUUGGUUUGAGGGAAUUAUUAGGUGGAGAAACAUAUUGGCCUCUGUUGCUAUCCAGCAGCUGUUUCCCAGCAUUUGCCCAACUUUUGUUCCUGCCAUGGUUUCCUGAAAGUCCCAGGUAUCUUCUUAUUGACAGAGGUGAUGAGCUGAGCUGUGCCAAAGCUUUGAAGCGAUUUCAUGGUUCUUCAGAAUAUCGAAGAGAGAUGGAAGACAUACAGCGGGAAUGUUUUGCCUUAGAUGGGGAGAGACCCAAGAAGCCCUGGCAAUUAUUCACUGAUCGUGGUGUGAGAUGGCAGCUCAUUACUGUGAUUGUGAUGACUAUGGGCCAACAGCUCAGUGGGAUAAAUGCCAUUUAUUUCUAUGCAACUUACGUUUUUGAACAAGCUGGGAUCUCAGCAGAAAAAAUCCCGUAUGUGACACUCGGCACUGGAGCUUGUGAAUGCCUCACAGCCCUCACCUGUGGUUUACUGAUAGACUACGUGGGAAGAAGGUCUCUCAUCAUUGGGGGUUAUCUCCUUAUGACUCUUUGGAGCAUUGUUUUAACGUUCUCUCUGACUUACCAGGAACUAUACUCAUGGGUGCCUUAUGUGAGCAUGACAUCUGUAUUUGCCUUCAUCUUGAGCUUUGGGUUGGGACCAGGUGGCAUAACAAAUACCCUGAUAGCUGAAUUAUUUAUACAGUCUUCACGUCCUGCUGCUUACAUGAUAGGAGGGACAAUUAGUUGGAUUAGUUUCUUCACAAUUGGAAUGCUCUUUCCCUUUAUAGUGAAUGGACUGAAGCAGUAUUGUUUUCUGGUGUUCUUACUGGAGUGCUCCUUAGUUGCCGCUUUCAUCUUCCUCGUAAUUCCUGAGACAAAAAACAAAUCUUUUCUGGAAAUCAAAAAGGAAUUUCACAAGCUUAAUUUUGGAAGAAAUACCAAAAAAAAGGCAACAGAGCUUUAUGAAAGAAGACAACUCCAUGAUGAAUUUUAAGAAAAUUCUGUGUAAUUUCACAGCUGUAACAGAACUUUAAUGAGAAUUAUGAACAGCGUCUUCUAAAUUAGCAGUGUAAUGCCAUGAACAAGUAGCUUAUUAAAUCCUUCUGUAUAUUUAAAGGAAGUUUAAUUAAAGGCAAGUUAAUCUUUCUGAAAUGCUGUUAAACAUAUAUUGCUGAAAUGCUAUUAACAACAUAUAUUAUACAUAGAAGACUUGAUGUUUAGAUACAACAUGAUGUUGUAGGGACACAGAAAUGCCAGGAGAGGGUGUUCAUUGAAUUCCUCCCCCCGGCAGAUUUCUUCAGAUAAUUCAGGAACUCUUCUUGUAUUUCUAAGCCCCUUCUUCAGAUUCGGGUAAUCAAGCACACGUUAAUGCUUUACUGAAUGAAAUAUGCUGAGGCGUUAAAACCCAAACAAGAACUGACCUACCGAGAAACCAAUAUUUGAAAUAUUCUAGUUUAUUUAUAAAUGGGGGGUAUUUAGUUGUUGUUUUUCACUUAAAUAACUUCUUUGAAAGAUUUAAGGACAUUCCUCAUCUAGUCCUAUUACUGUAACUGCACAAAGACAGCACAGCACCCAUCUGAAUUACUGUCACUUGUAAUAAAGUUUAUUAGAAAGACUUGUUUUGUAAAAGUUGUCCUGGUUUCGGCUAGGACAGAGUUAACUCUCUUACUAGCUGGUACAGUGCUGUGUUUUGGAUUUAGUGUGAGAAUGAUGUUGAUAACACUCUGAGGUUUUAGCUGUUGCUAAGUAGCACUUAUCUUAAGCCAAGGACUUUUCAGUUUCCCAUGCUCUGCCAGCAAGCAGGUGUGCAAGGAGCUGGGAGGGAGCAUAGCCAGGGCAGCUGACCUGAACUAGCCAAAGGGCUAUUCCAUACCAUGGAACGUCAUGCCCAGUAUAUAAACUGGGGAGUUGGCCGGGAGGCGCGGAUCAUGGCUCUGGCAUCAGUCAGCGGGUGGUGAGCAAUUGCAUUGUGCAUCACUGGUUUUUUUCCUUCCCCCCCCCUUCCUUUUUUGUUGUAUUCCUUUUCAUUACUAUUAUUGUUAUAUUUCAUUAUUACUAUUGUUAGUAUUAUAUUUUACGUAUUAAACUGUUCUUA